AUGAAGAUACGACAGUCCCUCGUUAUCACAAGAGUACUUUCGUGUCAAUUUAGAACGAUGAGCCGUCUCACACCCAACCCAGCCAAGGUCUUGAUACGGGAGGAAGUGGCGGCUAAGAUCGCCGCGCUCUCCACAGAAGAGAAGAAGAGGCAGUCAAAGGUCGUUUACGAAAAGAUUAUAAACCACCCCAGCUACAAGACGGCGAAGAACAUCGCGAUAUUCAUGAGCACGGACCAGGAGGUAGACACGGCGCCGAUAAUAGCCCACAUAAAGGCGAGGGGGGCGUCCGCCUUCGUGCCCCAGUACGCCGGCGGGAAGAUGAGAAUGCUGAAGCUGGAACCGGGUGACGAGGCGAGCAUGCCGCUCACCAGGCACGGGAUACAACAGCACCCCAAGGAACAGAUACGGGAGGACGCACUAGACUCCGGGCUUGAUCUGAUCAUCGCGCCCGGUGUGGCGUUCACACGCAACGGGGGCAGAGUGGGCCACGGCGGGGGAUAUUACGAUAAAUACAUCGCCCAUCUGCGACAGAACCCGUCGACCGCGCCCAAGGUGGUGGCGAUUGCCUUCAAAUGUCAAGUGCUCGACGAGGUGCCCAUGGAUCAACAAGACGAAAAGGUCGACGAUGUAAUAUUUGAUGAAUCG